AUAGUUGUUCAUAUUGUAAAAUCGACAUUUACGACCCGUCUCUUCCUAUUUCUGCCGGGUCAGACUCAGACUUGAGACUGUCAGUCUGGUCUUGGCGCCAGAGUUUAGCGCACAUGUGUCAUGUGAUUGUACCGUCCAAAAAUAACUUAAUUAUUUCAUCGUAUUAAAUUCAAUAAAACUAGACAUUGUCUAACUUUUGUCAAGAUGGAUAAAUUGCUAGGAGUACCCGAAAAUGCUGAAAACGAACUAAUAUUCUUCGUCAACGGCAAGAAGGUGGUGGAGGCUAAGCCAGACCCCGAAUGGACGUUGUUGUGGUAUUUACGACGAAAGUUACAAUUAACUGGCACGAAGUACGGUUGUGGCGAAGGAGGAUGUGGCGCUUGUACCGUGAUGGUGUCCCAGUACGUCAGGCGCAAAGAUCGAAUCAAACAUAUCGCUGUGAAUGCAUGUUUGACUCCAGUUUGCGCAAUGCACGGACUUGCUGUGACCACAGUGGAGGGCAUUGGUUCUACGGAAGAUCGAUUACAUCCUGUUCAAGAAAGACUCGCCAAAAGUCACGGCUCUCAAUGCGGAUUUUGUACUCCAGGCAUUGUAAUGUCAAUGUACGCCCUACUCAGACAAAACACCAAACUGGAAUAUUCUGACAUAGAAACCGCGCUACAAGGAAACCUAUGUCGUUGCACUGGAUACAGGCCCAUAAUUGAAAGUUUCAAAACAUUCAUGGAUGGCUGGGAAAAAAGUUAUGUAAACCCAGAAGGGACGUGUGCUAUGGGAAAAGAUUGCUGUAAGAAUCAAAAUAAUAACAUUAAUUCAAGACUACAUGAUGCAUCAGAUUUCAAACCGUACGAUAGGAAUCAAGAACCCAUUUUCCCUCCAGAACUAAAAUUAAGUAACAAAUACGAUGAUUCCUACCUUUAUUUCCAAAGUAACAAUGUAACGUGGAUUAGACCAAAAAAUAUUGAUGAAAUACUGUUUUUAAAACACAAAUAUCCUCAUGGCAAAAUAGUUGUAGGUAACACUGAAGUCGGAGUAGAAAUGAAGAUAAAAAACAAGAAUUAUCCAAUUUUAAUUCAUCCUACUUUUAUAGCCGAAAUGAAUAUUUGUCAAGUCAAAAACAAUGCCAUUGUGGUCGGAGCUGCUAUUUCUUUAACGGAAUUACAACAGGUAUUGAAGUCAAAAAUUAACAAAAGUCCGCGAAAAGAAUUUGUAUUCGAGUCCAUUAACGAUAUGCUGCACUGGUUUGCGGGCAAUCAGGUCCGCAAUGUUGCUUCAUUAGUCGGAAACAUAAUCACUGCCAGUCCAAUCUCCGAUCUGAACCCCAUUUUGAUGGCAUGUUCUUGCAUAAUUAACGUUUAUAGUUAUGAGAGAGGUCACAAAAAAAUAACCAUUGACGAAGACUUUUUUAUAGGAUACAGAAAGACUGUUGUAAAAGAUGAUGAAGUUGUAGUUUCUGUUGAAAUCCCAUUUACCAAAGAGAGACAGUUAAUAAAGGCAUACAAACAAGCAAGACGCAAGGAAGAUGAUAUCGCCAUUGUUACCGCUGCAUUCAAUAUAGAAUUUACUGAAAACAAAACAAUUUCUCAUGCUAAAAUGUGUUUCGGUGGUAUGGGACCAAAAACUACUUGUGCUUCCGAUUCUUCUAAUGCACUUAUUGGUCUUCAGCUGAAUGAAAACACUUUAAAUUUGAUAAUGCAAUAUUUAACGCAAGAAUUUAAUUUGACUUCUUCGGUCCCUGGAGGAAUGGCAGAAUAUAGAAAAACACUUAGCUUAAGUUUGUUUUUCAAAUUCUAUACAUUUGUUGUUCAACUAUUUACUACGAAUAAUUUUAUUAAAGCGCCUGAAAAUCAGCUAAGUAGAGUAAACGAAGAAUCUGCUAAAAUACCCAGUAGUUCUCAAUAUUUUGACAUUCGCAAUGAUGCAACACACCCAUCGGACGCAGUUGGUAAACCUGUACCUCACGCAUCAGCAAUGAAACAAGCGGCAGGGGAAGCCAUUUAUUGUGAUGAUCUUCCGCAUAUUGAAGGCGAACUUUAUUUAUCUCUUGUUUUUAGUACUGAACCAUUUGCAAAAAUUAAAGAUAUAGAUGCCCGUCAGGCUUUAUCAUUUCCCGAAGUAGUAGCAUUCUUUUCAGCAAAAGAUUUAAACGAAGAAUGUAACAAAAUGGGACCUAUUAUAAAAGACGAAGAAAUAUUCAGUAGAGAAAUUGUAACAAGUCGCUCAUGUGUCAUAGGAGCUGUAGUUGCCAGAUCUGAAAAUGCAGCACGAAAAGCUAAGGAUCUCGUAUCAGUAACGUAUGAAAAAAUGCAACCUGUUAUUAUUACUAUAGAAGACGCUAUACAUCAUGAUUCAUACUUUUCGAAGCCUAGAAUUUGUAAGAAAGGUAAUGUCGAGCAGGCCUUCGCAAAUUCACCUCAUGUUUUAGAAAGUUGCAUAAGAAGCGGAGCGCAAGAACAUUUUUAUUUAGAAACAAUAUCUGCUUUUGCUAUUAGAAGAGAAGAUGAAUUGGAAAUUAUAUCUAGCAGUCAAAAUCCAGCUGAUAUAGCGCAUAUUGCAUCCGAAGCUCUUGGCAUUCCAAAUCAUAAAGUUAUAUCGAAAGUCAAAAGACUUGGAGGAGGUUUUGGUGGUAAAGAAACGAGAGCGACAAUAUUAGCCCUGCCUGUGGCCAUGGCUGCAUACAAAUUGAAAAAACCUGUCAGAGCCAUGUUGGGUAGAGACGAGGAUAUGCAAGCUUCGGGCUACAGGCAUCCUUUCCUUACUAAAUACAAAGUGGCAUUUAACAGCGAUGGUAAAAUUAAUGCACUAGAUAUUGAAAUGUAUAGUAAUGCCGGAAAUUCCAUGGAUAUAUCAUGUUCGAUGAUCGAAAGAGCAAUUGUCCACGUAGAUAAUUGUUAUUACAUACCAAAUAUUGAAGUUAAAGGUUAUAUAUGCAAAACCAAUUUGCCCUCAAACACGGCUUUUAGAGGAUUUGGAGCCCCACAAGCAAUGUUGGCCACAGAAGCCAUGAUCAGAGAUGUAGCUGAAGCGUUGAACAAAACUUAUGAAGAAAUCGUCGAAAUCAAUAUGUAUCACGAAGGCCAAUUAACUCAUUUUAAUCAAAUACUGAUCUAUUGUACGAUUGAAAGAUGUUGGAAUGAAUGCAUACAAAAUUGUAAUUACUGGCGAAGGAAAAAAGAUGUAGAACAUUUUAACAGAUCAAACAGAUGGAAGAAGAAGGGAUUAACGGUGCUUCCUACAAAAUAUGGCAUAUCGUUCCAAACUGAUGUCCUCAUGCAAGGAGGUGCUUUGUUACUUGUCUACAACGACGGCUCAGUCUUACUCUCCAUUGGGGGCAUAGAAAUGGGACAGGGUCUUUUCACAAAGAUGAUUCAGGUAGCUUCCAGAGCCCUCGAGAUUGACAUCAACAAGAUACACAUUAGUGAGAUGUCUACAGAUAAAGUACCAAACAGUUCACCGACCGCUGCCAGUAUUAGUUCAGAUUUAUACGGUAUGGCUGUAUUGGAUGCGUGCAAGACCCUAAAAGAAAGAAUAGAACCAUACAAAUUGAAAAACCGAGAUGGUAAAUGGGAAGAUUGGGUUAUGGCUGCGUAUUUAGACAGAGUAAGCCUUUUCGCUACAGGGUUUUAUAAAGCGCCAAAGAUCGAAUAUAAUGCAGAAAAUAAUAGUGGAAAUUUAUUCGAAUAUUUCACUUAUGGUGUGGCUUGUUCUGAAGUGAUGAUCGAUUGUCUGACGGGUGACCAUCAGGUGUUAAGAACAGACAUAGUUAUGGAUGUUGGAGAGAGUUUAAAUCCUGCUAUUGACAUCGGUCAGAUUGAAGGCGCGUUUAUGCAAGGUUAUGGUUUUCACACAAUUGAAGAAAUGGUGUUUUCACCUACUGGCGAGAUUCUAUCCAGAGGCCCCGGGGCAUAUAAAAUACCUGGAUUUUCAGAUGUACCGAAUAGUUUCAAUGUAUCUUUGCUCAAAGGGGCACCUAAUCCUAGAGCAGUGUAUUCUUCGAAGGCUAUAGGCGAGCCACCGCUAUUUUUGGCGGCGUCCGUAUUCUUCGCCAUAAAGGAAGCCAUAAAGUCGGCGCGGAUUGAUGCCGGGGUGUCGGCGGACUUCGUACUCCACGCGCCCGCCACCUGCGAGAGGAUACGCAUGGCUUGCGAGGACAAUAUUACUCAAAAGGUCCAACCGACUGUUGAAAAAGGUGGUCGACCGUGGAAUGUGGUCGUGUAAACUUCGAAUCGUAUUAAUUUUUAUACGCUUUUUGAUUAUGUUUAUGUUGCACAGAGUUUUAUAUUUACUCCGUUCUUUUAUGUAUUAUAUUUACAAAUUAUAUUGCUAACGUACUUUAAAAAAA